AUGCAUUUUAUCAAUACUUUCUCAUUGGUUAUCAGCACUGUAUUCAUAAUCCAAGCAUGUGUUCCAUCAUUAAGAGGACCGCCUCGGCCACCAGGACCGGAUGGAAAGGAUGGAACAAAGGGAGAUCCGGGAUUGCAAGGAGAAGUAGGACGUCGAGGACCGGAAGGACCGAUUGGACUGAGUGGAGAGGUCGGACCAAAAGAAGCGCCUGGGCUACAAGGGCAUCGUGGAGAACUGGGUGAAAAAGGAGACGCGGGACCCAGAGGACCAACGGGAGGGGCAGGAUAA